AUGACCCCAUCGCAAUUUGAGCUGUUUAUGCGCCGCCUGAUCAAGAUGAAGACACCCAAAGUUGUCGUGAUGCUGGUCCUUUUGACCUCCUGGCUCGACAUGCCCGUGCAAAACAAGGCUCCAUUCCAGGUUCUCGAAUACUAUGCUGGGGUGGCACGGAUCGCUACCUUGGCAAAGUUUCUGGGGCUUCGCGGUGCUGCUGUUGACAUUGAAUAUGGAAAGCAUAACAAACCGAAGUCAGAGAGACCCCCAAUGGAUAUAAACAGCGAUGCUGGGCUGAUUCUAUGUAUCCACCUUAUACUAACUUCUGACCCGGCAUUGGCGCUAUUUCUUGCAGUGGUAUGCAGUACAUGGGUUCCAGUCAACAGGGGCUCAACACAACGCUCCAUACUCACACCCCUUGGGUGUGAGGAUUUUCCAGGGGUGCGUCGAGCUAACAAGAUGAUGUCCAGGAGCGUUAUCUUGAUGUUGUUGGCAGUAGCUCUUGGUGGCGAUUUUUACCUGGAGAACCCCCACAAUUCACUGAUAUGCAUGCAUCCUCGCUAUGUUUGGUUUAUGGAAAGCCUAAUGGAAUUGGGUAUACCGACCUAUAAGAUUACAUUUUGGAUGCGGAAAUGGGGGUCGUUGAGCUUUAAACAUACUUGGAUUUGGUCUAUAUCAAUCAUUAUUUCAAUACUGGAUGCAGGCUCCCUCACACAAAAAGAGAAAAACAGCAGCAUAUCUUUGACCACCAGAUACGUUGACAAACAUGGCCGGAAGAAGUUCAAAGGAAACUCAAAGUUGAAGUAG